AGGAGGUGUUUUAGCGGGGACCGCGAUCCCGGGCUGGAGCUUGGCUUAGGCGGGUAGGAGACGCUGUCGCUAGCGGACACCACGGGUGGAGCGGGGGUAUCUGCGAGCCUUGCCCGGCCCUGCCCAUGUCGCCAGCCGGCCGCUGAGAUCUACACGCUCUGCCCGCGCACGCGUGCGGCUGCGGGCGUCCCCGGAGAUAGCCUCCAUCGCGCAGCGACGAUGGAAGUAAAUUGUUUAACACUAAAAGACUUGAUCAGCCCCAGGCAAAGCAGACUAGAUUUUACCAUUGAAGAUGCGGAGACUGCACAAAAGGAAAACAUAUUUGUCGACCGAUCAAGGAUGACCCCAAAGACACCAAUGAAAAACGAGCCAAUCGAUCUGUCAAAGCAAAGGAUCUUUACUCCAGAAAGAAAUCCUAUUACGCCAGUCAAGCCGGUGGUGGAGCGGCCGUCGCAGGUGGAGCCGUGGACACCCACGGCCAACCUGAAGAUGCUCAUAAGCGCAGCCAGCCCAGACAUAAGAGACCGGGAGAAGAAAAAGGAGCUCUUCAGACCCAUUGAAAAUAAGGAGGAUGCCUUUGUGAACUCCCUGCAGCUUGACGCGGUCGGUGACGGUGCGGUGGAUGACUAUGAAAAGCAGAGGCCAAGCAGGAAGCAGAAGAGCUUGGGGCUGCUGUGCCAGAAGUUUCUGGCUCGCUAUCCAAGUUACCCCUUGUCAACGGAGAAGACCACCAUCUCCCUAGAUGAGGUCGCCGUCAGCCUUGGUGUGGAAAGGAGACGCAUCUAUGACAUUGUGAACGUGCUGGAGUCACUGCAUCUGGUCAGCCGGGUGGCUAAGAAUCAGUACGGUUGGCAUGGUCGGCACAGCCUUCCCAAAACCCUGCGGACCCUACAGAGACUGGGAGAGGAGCACAGGUACGAGGAGCAGAUGGCCUGCCUACAGCAGAAGGAGCUGGACCUGACGGAGUACAGGGUCGGAGAGCGCAGGAAAGAUGGGUCUCCGGACCCCCGAGAUCAACAGCUACUUGAUUUUUCUGAAUCCGACUACCCUUCUUCAUCUGCAAACAGUCGAAAAGAUAAAUCUCUAAGAAUUAUGAGCCAGAAGUUUGUCAUGCUGUUCCUCGUCUCCAAAACCAAGAUUGUUACCCUGGAUGUAGCUGCCAAAAUCCUCAUAGAAGAAAGCCAAGAUACCCCGGACCACAGUAAAUUCAAAACAAAGGUACGGCGACUCUAUGACAUAGCCAACGUUCUGACCAGCCUGACUCUGAUAAAGAAAGUUCACGUAACAGAAGAGCGAGGCCGGAAACCAGCCUUCAAAUGGAUCGGGCCCGUGGACUUCAGCUCCACUGAUGAAGAACUGUUGGAUGUCUCUGCAUCCGUCUUACCGGAAUUGAAGAAGGAAACAUAUGGCCAGAUCAGAGUGUGUGCAAAAGAGAGGCUGGCGCAGUACAGUUCCUUUAACACGGUUCAGGCGUCGGAGAAGACACAGAGAAAAGUGAGCUCGGAACCCAGCAGCCCACAGGGAGGAAAGCAAGGGUCAGCCUAUUCCCUGGAAAUUGGAAGUCUGGCAGCCAUCUACAAACAGAAAGUAGAAGAUACUUCACAGGGGGAAGCCUUCUUCAGUAAGAGAGCGGUGCCCCCAGCAAGCGUCUCGGACCCCGCCCUCUGCGUGGACUCCGAAUACUGCGUCAAGCCUUCAGCCCGGGCCAUAUUUUCUGUUGCUCAGACAGAUUUGCCGGCCUUCCCCACGCAGAAUGGUCCAAGCGGACAAGUGGGUGUCCCCGUUCCUUCUGCAGCCUCGGACGCAGAGAGCUUGAAGCCAGCUCUGCUCGCCAGCCAGCCCCUGGUCUACGUGCCCUCCACCCCCCUCUUCAUGCUGUAUGGGGGUGUGCAGGAGCCCAGGUCAGAGGAGGACAGUUGUGGCUCUGAUGUCCCCGCUGACCUGUCAGUGACACCUUCUGCUCAGAAGCGCCUGUGUGAGGAGAGGGAUCCUGAGGAGGAGGAGGAGGACGAGCCUGCCAUGAAAAGACAAAGUCAGGAAUUUGAAGACGGCCCCUUAUCCCUAGUUAUGCCCAAGAAGCCCUCGAGUUCCACGGACCUCACCUGCCCUGUGACCAUGGGAAACGGGAGAUCUACACCCCUGGAGGACGCCCUUGCUAAAGGUCAGCCCCCUGCAGCAGAAGACAUUUCAGGAAAGGCUGUCCCAAACUGCUUCAUUGCUUCUGAAUGUAGAAAUCUGUCAGGAAAUCCAGACGCUGAAAAGCCUUCCAACGAAAACGAGACCACCAAAGACCCCUCCCUGCUGCAGUAUCUGUAUGUGCAGUCUCCCGCAGGGUUAAAUGGUUUUAACAUGCUUUUACCGGGCGCUCAGAGCCCCCAUGCCGUGGCACCCUCCCCGGCUCAGCUGCCGUCCUUCGGUGUCCCCUGCAUGUUCCUGCCAUCUACAGGCCUGGGCCCCUUUCCGGUUCUCUAUUCUCCCGCUAUCCCCGGGCCCAUUUCGUCAGCCCCCGGCGCCCUCCCAAACCCCGGACCCAUGAACUUUGGCUUGUCCACGCUGGGGUCUGCCUCUCACCUGCUCCUCAGCCCGGCAGCCAUGGUCAGCCCAAAGUCGUCAACCCUCCCUUGUGCAGAUCCUCAGCUUCGAGGUCAGCCCUCACUCAACCUGAGUCCGGUGAUGCCAGGCUCCCACGGCGUCAUCCACCCCGAGUCCCCCGGUUACGUGAGACAUCCGGUAUCGCUGGUAAAGGCAGAGCAGUCCCCUGCACCAGCGACUCCCAAGAGCAUCCAACGGAGACAUCGGGAGACGUUCUUCAAGACUCCCGGCAGCCUUGGCGACGCUGUCUUUAGAAGAAGAGAAAGGAGCCAAUCACGAAACACUAGCUCAGCCCAGAGGAGACUGGAAAUCUCUAGCAGCGGGCCUGACUAGCCGGGUGCUUCAGCGGGUGGGGUGGCUUCAGUACCUCAACGUCCCUGUGUCCCAGACAAAUGUCCUAAGUGGAACACGGGCCACCCUGGUCCCCGGCUUGUGACGCUCUCCCAAUCGAUCCACUGGUUCUGCUAACUUCCUGACAUCAUGAGUCAUCCAUUUUCCUGGAAGUAAUUAUUACUGAUUAUGCAUUUAAUACCACCUAGCAUCCAGGCUGUGCGUGGUGCCGCCGCGGUAUCACUAUGUGACCGCUGUGGUUUUUCUGAAGGGGGGUUGCCUAGCACUUAACCAGGGUAAGUGUUGGCGAUGUGCCUUUCCACCUGCCCUGAGCAAGUCUGCAGUAAGAACUGUCUCUGCAGCCUAAACACGCUACUGCUUCCUUAGGCUCCAGGAAGCCACCUUCAGUGAGGAAUCCUACGGUAUUAUUUAUUUUGUUCCUGAAGCGGGACAUUAUACUGCACAAAGUUUACAACACCAUCCUAACAUUUUCAGGGUAUCUCGACUUGAAUGUUUAUACUUUUUUUUUUGUUGUUAUGAUUUGCCCUGCACUUAUUCUACAACUUAUUAAUAAUGUGGAUAAAUGUAUAUACGUGAUAAAUGUCAAGACCAAAAUAACUGUGAAUGCCACACCUAGCCAGUAAUGAACUGUGCUGACCCCUCUGGAGUUGUGGGAACGAAAACUGAAGUCUCUGUUCCUCACGGCUGCUCCUCCAGCAGCGAUAAACAGUGACCUCUCACUGUUU